ACGAUAAUUGUCAGUUUCUCCGGAAACGUAUGCAUCUCGGCAGCCACUUGCAUUCCAAGUGGAAAGUGUCCCGUUCGAUCGCGCACGCUCCUGCGAAAAGCCAGCAGCCUCUGGCGUUUACUGGCGUCAAUGGCGUCGCGAUGCUUGCCCUCGCAGCUCGCCGCUUCGCCCGCCCCGGGCCCCGACCUCCGCCGUCAACCGCCGCGCCCUCCUCGUUCGCUUUCCCGCCAGGACCCGAUCAGCUUCUCCCGCGCGAUCGGCGGCUCGCAGCUGCGGUUCCGGCUCCCCGGGAGCGAAGCUCCUCGCUUUCCCCGCGUCGGCGGCGGCGGCGGCGGCGCCCGGGGCCCUGGCUCGGUUCGGGUGGGGACGAUCAGAUCUCAGCUGAGCUACCCUCUCAUAUCGCCGCACGAUAAGUGGGGCAGCUGGACCGCUCUGUUCGCGAUCGGCGCUUUUGGAAUCUGGUCCGAGAAGACCAAGAUCGGGAGCAGUUUGAGUGGGGCCCUGGUGAGCACUUUGGUUGGACUUGCCGCCAGCAAUUUGGGGAUCGUCUCGUGUGAAGCUCCGGCUUAUAAAGUUGUCUUGGAGUUUCUACUCCCCUUGGCUGUCCCCUUGCUGUUAUUUCGGGCUGACAUGCGCCGCGUGAUCCAGUCUACCGGGAAACUUCUCUUGGCUUUCUUGCUUGGAUCUGUUGCCACCACUAUCGGGACUGUAGUGGCAUACUUUUUGGUGCCAAUGAGAUCACUGGGGCAAGAUAGCUGGAAGAUAGCUGCUGCACUUAUGGGAAGACAUAUUGGUGGAGCUGUCAAUUACGUUGCCGUAGCCAAUGCUCUUGAUAUGUCACCAUCAGUUCUGGCUGCUGGGCUAGCUGCAGAUAAUGUCAUUUGUGCAGUUUAUUUCACCACAUUGUUUGCAUUAAGCUCAAAAGUACCUCCAGAAUCUUCAUCUGGCGAUGGAGGAGAUUCUGUAAAUGGUGCUCUGGACACAGAAUCAGGACCUGCUAACAAGCUACCUCUUCUACAGAGUGCUACAUCCAUAGCUGUGUCCCUUGCCAUCUGCAAAGCAGGAACGUCCCUUGCAAAAUAUCUCGGUAUUCAAGGGGGUAGUUUGCCUGCAAUAACAGCAGUCGUUGUUAUUUUAGCAACUCUUUUUCCUACUCAAUUUGGGAAGCUGGCACCAUCUGGUGAGGCUAUGGCUCUGAUAUUGAUGCAGGUAUUCUUCACUGUGGUUGGUGCAAGUGGAAACAUAUGGAGUGUGAUCAAUACAGCUCCUGGUAUAUUUAUGUUUGCCCUUGUCCAGAUUACAGUCCAUCUUGCUGUGAUCCUUGGAUUAGGAAAGCUAUUUGGCUUUGAACUGAAGCUGUUACUUAUUGCUUCAAAUGCGAAUGUUGGUGGCCCAACAACAGCUUGUGGAAUGGCAACAGCAAAAGGGUGGACUUCUAUGGUUGUCCCUGGGAUUCUUGCUGGAAUUUUUGGAAUUGCCGUUGCCACUUUUCUUGGUAUUGGUUUUGGUGUAACCUUUUUAAAAUUCAUGUAGACUGUAAGGAAUGAAAAAUCCAGAUCAAUCUCCUGCUCAUCUACUGAUUUCUGUUGAAAGGAUUUAUGGGCCUACUUUAUCUCACUUUCUGAGGUAAAAAUCCGUACUCAUAUGGGGAUUGAAUUCCUAUUUAUGGGGACAAGAUCAUGACUCA